AUGUACCGCUCGACCUGCCUGCUCGGUUCGUACAUUGUAGCGUCUCGAUCAGCAUCUCGCAAGCGUCCCACGCGUCUGCUCUCCAUCUACAUCUACAUCUACCUACAACCACAGCCGACUUCUGCCUCUGCAACGCAGAUUGAUUCUCGUGCUGCUGCUGCUGCUGCUGCUACUCAAAGAGAACAGGAACGGACUGUCGAGCUUGAGCGUGAAGCUCAACCACAGGCCAAAUCCACCUACAAAGCCCCAGAAAGUCAACAGACGUCGUCAGUCGUAGCUGAUGGAGCGAAUACCCCCAAGGCUCCAACUGUCGACCAGAUAAGGACGCUUCUCUAUGCUGCCUUGCCUUCUGCCGAGGGCGCCCGGUUGAUCAUUGCAUCGCCUCAAUAUCCCAAUGACGCAAGCGAGGACUCUUCGGUUGUUCGGCUCCCACAGGAGAUUGAGGGCAGGGUGACGUUUGGCCUCGUGCAAAGCUCCCAGCAUAUGGACUACCUCGUUCAACAACCGCUCCAAUACGGCUCGUCCGCUGUUGAACUGUGCUAUGAAGUCAUCUUUAUUCCGGGCAGCGAUGAUUGUCUACUCAGGAACUGUUCAAAGGCGCCGCUUCAUAUGACAUGCCUCGAUUCUCGCUGGACUCGGUGGCUGAUACGAGAGAACCGUCGUGCCGUGAUCCGUCCUGGGCUGUGGAGGAUUUCCCUCGUUCGCAAUGGAGACGACGCGUCUGACCGACUUUGUACUGAGAUUAUGCUCCUCAGGAGACAGUAUACAGUGGCAAUUCACAGGGCAAUUGACUCGUCGUUAGCCAAACGAGCCGCCAGCGAAGACGACGCGGAGAAUCGCGGCAAGCGACGAAAGCUGGGCAAAGACGAGACAGAAGAUGUCGCCAUUCCGCCCGCUUCCAAGACGGCCCCCGGAUCAGACUCCAUCGCCAAGAGGGCAGACAUUGUCCAGAGCCGCCAGCUGACGCCCUCUUCCGUUCGAGAGCUUGUCAAUCAAACGGGCAUCCCGCUUCUAGAGCUUGCAGACAAAGAGACGGCAGUCAUCAGCAGCCUGCACAUCAACAACGGUGAGGAUCCGCAGCCAACGCCCGUCUCCACGGCAUAUGGUUCGGAUUCAUAUCACCUCAGUCGAAUUCAGUACAUGGGGCAUACUUCGUCCACCAGUGUCUUUUCUUGCCGGCAUUCUGCUAUACCGGGGCUGGUAGUAGCCAAAGUCCCUCGAUAUGACGGCAAGUCGAUCGAGCAAGUACCUUCAUUUGCGCGCUCGUGGAAGAGAGAAAGGGAUAUGCUCAGGGGCCACAAACAUAGAAACAUAGUGGCGCUCAAGGCCUUUGAUGCACGCAUGUUCGCCUUGUACUUGGAGGUCCUGCCCAGGUCACUUUAUCGUGGCAACAUGUCGACGUUCACAUUGAGCGAUGUUGCGACCAUUCUCUACGACAUUGCGUCUGCCCUCGUUUACCUGUACGACAAGUCCAUCAUCCACAACGACAUCAAGCCAGGUAACAUUGCGUUUUCUCCCCAGCGAGGCGCCGUUCUUUUCGACUUUGGGAUGGCCACGAAUGACGAGGAUCAAGCGACCGGGGGGACGAUGUGGUAUCUUCCUCCAGAUAUUAUCCACCGCAAGCGACGGGGCUUCCCAGGAGACGUGUGGGCACUAGGAAUUACAGCGUCUUACUUGCUUGGCAAGAUGCAGAUUCCCGAAAGGUGUGGGAUCAGAUGGGACAUGGCUGAUUCGGGCAAGAAAAAGGGCUCGGAUCAGGCUAUGAUGGCAUGGUUCAAUCUCGUCAAGGAGAAGAGGGAGGAGCUGGACAGGGACAACAAGCUCGAAAGCAUAGUCUACGAUAUGCUCCAUUGGAAGGCUGAGUCUCGGAUAACGGCCGAGGGCAUUACAGCAGCGCUCGACUCGUUCAAGUUGGAGUCGGUUGAAGGUCCGACAUGCGAUGGACAGCGUUUGACGAGGUCGCGAACAAAGUCUCCUUUAGUAGGGUAG